AUGCAGCCUGUUAAUAAACUGGAAAAUGGGGACGUGCUUGGACUUUGAUCAGUUUCAUCCACUAAAGUGUCACAUCAAAGACUUGCUGAACGAGUUGAUGUUGGGAUCCAUGCCAGGCACUGUGUUGGUGUUUGCUAUAGUCCGACUUCGCCUAUGUCUUUGUAAAGGAAACGCCUCCAAAUUAGUGAGCAGAAGCUCUGCGAUCUGCAUGUACAUAGCAUGCGUAUUAUCUUCAGUAGUUUUACAAGCGCUUCUUCUUUCCCCAGAAUUUUUUCUGGACAAAAAUAUAAUUCUUCAGGAUGUUAUUGUUACACAUUUUGAUAAUAUGUCUGCAAGUUCAAGCGAUAUAUGUUAUAAAUUUUUAAGCAACAUUCAUUCCGCCGUAUUAUUUUAUAAAUGGAUCAAUAUCAUUUUUUGCUUCGUCCUUCCACUUUUAGUGAGUGUCGCUAUUUAUCUCAAAAUCAGCCUCUAUGUUUACAAAUCUGCAAACAGAGUACAUAUGCAUUCCGUUAACCCUCCUCAGAAUACCACAAGGAACGUCCUCGGCCCAAACCUUCAGCAGAUUCAUCGCUCCUUAAUAUGGGUUGUCUUUGUAAUGGUCGUUUGCUGGGCUCCGCUUAUAACUACUCAAAUUGUGAUGCUUCUACCAGCAGAAAGUAGAUUUGCUUACGCAUUUCAAGAAUACUCGGCAUUAAUUUUACUUGUCCUAUUUCCUGUUGAAGAAGGGAUCAUGCAAGGUGACAAACGAAAAAGACUUUACAAGCUUUACAGACAAUUAUUUUUCAAAUCGCAACAACAGAAUAUUCAAACAACUGACAGAUGUAAUGAUGCCAUAUUAAUUCCAACUCUGUCACAGAGGGUUUCAACGUGCAUUUUUAGUUGUAGUUUAGAAGAAGAUGGUAUACGUAAGUCAUCUGAUGUAAAAAUUCUAAAUUUAAACAUGACCCAUUUAGCAGGAAAAACUGUCACGUGCCGGGAACUGGCUAGCACUACCUCAGUUCAUAGUUUUAGUUAUUCUUCAUCAUCUAGUUUAUUUUCGAGGCGACGUGGGCUUAUGGUCCCAUCUUUGAAGUUGUCAGCAGAUUUACGAUCUGAAAGGUCUUCUGUUUUCAUAAUUUCUAAACCUGGAUCUCGGACUUCAAUAGAACAGAGUUCAGUAUUCUCAUCCAGCAGCGAAACUUUCACGCCACUCUUUCUCCGAUUAAAUCGAGAUAUAAAUAGUAUGAUCGGAGAGUAUACACAAGACCUAGCAUUAGAAACACUUGAUUGCUCACCAUACUCACUUCGGACAGUUUCCUUCAGUUCAUCUGUGUCAUUCGAUGAACAGACACUAGCAAGUAACGACAGAUUCUCUGCAUCGCGAACCCGAUCAAGAUGGACACCUUUUUCCAGGAGUUUAUCGUCUGCAGCGAAAUAUUCUGAAUCUGACGAUACUGUGUAA